AUGGAGAAGUACGACAGGGUCUUGCGGUUGGGCAGCGGAGGAGCGGCAGACGUGUUUCUCAUGAGACACGUAGAGCGGAAGUGCCUGUACGCGGUGAAGAGGAUAAAGGCGGAGACCACGAGGAGGGCAAAAACGCAGAGGGCCAUUCUCCAGGAAGCUGAAAUUAUCAAAAGGCUGGAGCAUCCUCACAUUGUGAAAUGCAGCGAGGCCUUUGUGAACUCCGACGAUGGGUUCGUUUACAUUGUUAUGAGCUACUGCGAUGGAGGGACUUUAGAUGACAGAGUAAAGGAGAGGAAACCAGGGGAGUUCUUCACAGAGCACACUGUGAUGGGCUGGUUUGUCCAGGUCGCUAUGGCUGUAAAUUACAUACACACAGCCAAAAUACUUCACAGGGACAUCAAACCCUCUAAUGUGCUGCUGACAAAGCAAGGUGUGGUAAAGUUAGGGGAUUUUGGCAUAUCCAGAAUAAUGACUAACACAGCCGAUAUGGCUUCCACAUGUGUUGGGACACCCAGCUACCUAAGUCCCGAGCUUUGCCAGGACAUCCCGUACAGCUGCAAGUCCGACAUCUGGGCUCUUGGUUGUCUCCUGUAUGAGCUCUGUGCUCUCAGGCCUGCUUUUGCAGCCACAAAUCUCCUGAGUCUGUUCAAUAAGAUCACCAAAGGAGAGUACCACCCCGUGCCUGACUUGUUCUCAGAUAGUAUUUCCUCAUUAAUCCAGAGCAUGCUCAACCUCAAUCCGGACAACAGGCCCAGUGCUGCUUGUAUACUUAGCAGUGCCUAUGUGCGAGAUCACCUGCAAUCUAUCAAAGCCACAGAGACAGACUGCUGCACGCCUGUGGCUCACAUUAAUGUGGAAGUUCAAAAAGAAGACAUUAACACAACACUUCAACCCUAUUUCGCCAGUCAGCCCUACUCUUGGGAAGAGAAAGAACAAAGUAUGGAGGUCAAUUUCUCCUCUGCAGAUGUAGAGGAGGAAGAUGAACAGAACCAAUGCCACUAUCCUGAGGAUUUUGAUGAUGAUGGAAGCUUGUCUUCUCUGGAGGGACAAAGUAAACAGUAUGGGUUGGCAAUGAGGAGCAAUUCUGCUGAGUCCAUUGAGAUCCCUGACACUUCAGAACAAGUUGACUAUCCAGAUGACUUUGAGGAAAUUGAGGACAAGGACGAUGAUGAAGGAGACUGUGUGCACGCUGAUGCUGCUCAGCAGCCACACGAUGAAGCUCUGGUGGAAGAGUUUCAGCUCUGCGAUGCUGGAGGUUUGACCAUUACACUGAAAGUGCUGAAGGAGAAGGGGUAA